UGAGCUUCUUCAGUUUCAAGAUUUUGAUUUAUUAAAUCUUUAAUUUUAUUUAUUUUUUCAUUGUGUAGUUUGUUUUUUACUUCAUCUUAUCUUAACUUAAUCCAAAGUAUCCUUUUUACCAUCUUGUUUAUAUCGCAAUUUAGAAAAUUUCGUUUUUUUGGGAUAUUUUUUUUAAAAAAGUAAAGGUUUUUUAGACACCCAUUUGGACAUAAGUUCUAAAGUUUUAAUCUUUAAUAUCAUAUAAUAUUGCCCAUGUGGGCUUUCUUGGUCUUUAAUUCUGUAUAAAGCUAAGGUUUGAUUGAUUCAGUUUUUGUGGUAAAAAAAAUGUAUGGAACUCAAAGUAAGAGGGAUUUGUCACUUGAAAUGCAAUCACAAAUUCCCAUUUUAAGACCAAGUAUUCAUGCUAGAAGGGCAAAUAUUACAGUCAAGUUUCAAGAUCUUUAUGGAUUUACAGUGGAAGGCAAUGUCGAUGAUGCAAAUAUAUUGAAUGAGGUUAGAGAAAAAGUGAGGGAACAGGGUAAGGUAUGGUGGGGAUUAGAAGCUAGUAAAGGGGCUAAUUGGUAUUUGCAAACUCAUGUAACUUCUGCACUUAAAUCGUCAUUAAAGUUUUCGAAUUUAGUGAAUGGUAUCACACUUAAGAAGCUAAUUAGAAAGGGGAUACCUCCAGUUUUGAGACCUAAAGUUUGGUUUUCUUUAUCUGGGGCUGCGAAGAAGAAAUCUACCGUGCCGGAUAGCUAUUAUAAUGAGUUGUUAGUAGCUGUUGAGGGUAAAGUCACCCCUGCCACGAAGCAGAUUGAUCACGACCUGCCACGAACUUUCCCUGGUCAUCCAUGGUUAGACACUCCCGAAGGUCAUGCUUCUCUGAGACGUGUUCUUGUAGGUUACUCUUUCCGGGAUUCUGAUGUUGGUUAUUGUCAGGGAUUAAAUUAUGUUGCUGCAUUAUUGUUACUCGUGAUGAAAACGGAAGAAGAUGCAUUUUGGAUGUUAGCGGUUCUUUUAGAAAAUGUAUUAGUCAAUGAUUGCUAUUCAAAUAACUUAUCAGGCUGCCAUGUAGACCAAAGGGUUUUCAAUGAUUUGCUGAAAAAGAAGUGUCCGAGCAUAUAUGCUCAUUUAGAAGCUCUUGAAUUUGAUGUCUCCCUUGUUGCCACCGAGUGGUUUCUGUGUCUCUUCUCAAAGAGCUUGCCUUCAGAGACUACUUUGAGAGUUUGGGAUGUUCUUUUUUAUGAAGGAGCAAAGGUUCUAUUUAACGUGGCGCUUGCUAUAUUCAAGAUGAAGGAAGAGGAGUUGCUCAUGACACAACAUGUUGGGGAUGUUAUCAAUGUGAUACAAAAUACCACUCAUCAUCUAUUCGAUCCUGAUGACCUAUUGACACACGUUGUCUUUGACAAACUUGGGUUUCUGAGCACAAAUAUAUCGAAGGAAAGAAAGAAGCAAGAACCUGCGGUAAUGGCAGAACUCGAUCAGAGGUUGAGACGGCUAAAUUCUAGUAAUCUGGAUGAGAGCUGACACCAAUGUUUUAAGUUAAGAAAAACACUUAAUGCGUGAAAAUGUUGUAUAAAUGCUAAUGGACGCAAUGUCUUGUAUGAUCGUCUUUGACCUGUACUAAUUAUUCAUGUUUACGAGAGAGCUUGUCUCAGAAGAACCAAAUAUGUGUUUAACACUUCAACUCUUGUAGAUUCUGCUCAUUCAGUUUUAAGUUUAUGAUGGAAUGUGAGAAUUCAUAUGUUACUA